AUGCGUCAAACAACAUCUCUGACUCCUAAGAGAUUCAAUCCUUGUCCAGAACACCUAGACGAGGAGUUGACUCCCUCCGAGCCUCAAAUCCAAGCGCAUCCUCUUGGAGUCAGGCCGAGUGGAAACGCUUGGACCUCAUCGUCUGUGCAUGCUCGUGACUGUAUAGGGACCCUUGGUACAUUGCCGGAUGAGCUGAUCUUGGUCAUUCUCGAAUGGCUCGAGGACCUUGAUCUUCUAACACUCGGAAGGACUUGCCGGGCUUUCUUUGCAUUUACUUCGAGCGAUGAUUUGUGGAAGGCUUUGUUGCUUCGGGACGGUCGUCUGAGACCUCGGUGGCGUGGAAGCUGGAGAGCGACUUACCUCGAACGCCGAUCGCCGGAUGUGCCGCCGAUUGACUGCAGGCUGUACUCAGACACCAUCUACCGACCUUUCUUUUGCUCUCAAAUCAAUCUUUCACAAUUCGCAUCUGGGAUACCCUCGUCAAAUCGUAUUCCACGCCUCCCUGAUCUCUGCCAGGCAGAUUUCUCGAUUUCUUGGAACGAUCGACCGUUCAUCUUAACCAACCCUGUUAAGAAAUGGCCCGUGUUCAGUAAGUGGUGUCAGGAAGCCCUGCUCGAUAGAUACGGACAUGUUGAGUUUCGUGCGGAGGCGGUUGACUGGCCGUUGAGUACCUACAUCGAGUAUAUGAACAAUACGCACGAUGAGAGUCCGCUAUACCUGUUUGACAAGGAUUUUAUCCGAAAAAUGAACCUCUCGGUUGGUGAAAAAGGUGGUGCAUACGCGCCACCUGAAUGCUUUGGAGAUGAUCUCUUCGCUGUACUAGGCGAGCAGAGACCAGAUAGCCGGUGGCUAAUCAUUGGGCCAGAACGUAGCGGGAGUACUUUCCACAAAGAUCCUAAUGCUACCAGUGCGUGGAACGCCGUUAUCCGAGGUUCGAAAUAUUGGAUCAUGUUUCCCGGUUCGAUAUUGCCCCCAGGAGUGUUUGUCUCCGAAGAUCAAAGUGAGGUUACUAGUCCUCUGAGUAUAGCAGAGUGGCUCUUAACAUUCCACGAAGAAGCGAGGCGCAUGGGCGGCUGCGUCGAAGGGAUAUGCCAUGAGGGAGAGGUAUUGCAUGUCCCUUCAGGCUGGUGGCACCUAGUGGUCAAUCUCGAGUCUGCUAUCGCUAUCACGCAAAACUUCAUUCCACGCUCUCAUCUCAAAUCGGCACUGGACUUUCUUGAAAAGAAGGCGACCCAGGUUUCAGGAUUCGGCAACGAUGUCAAGGACCCGUACCGACUAUUUCUCGACAAAUUGAAACUGAAUCACUCUGAGAUGCUCGAGCAGCACGAGCAGCCACACGUAGUAAAUACUAAAAAGCGAAAAUGGGAACAACUUCUAGAAAGAGGAGACAAGACCAGCGUUGCUGAGAAAGGAGGCUUCAGUUUCGACUUCGUAAAUGAUGAAGCAGAGGACAUUCCUUGA